CGGCCCCUGGCGGGCGGCGGCGGCGACUCCGGCUCCGGCUCCUCGGGGCUAGGCGCUCGCUCGCUCGCUCGCUCACCGGGCGGGCGGGCGGCGCGAUGUCCGGCGAGGACGGCCCGGGGGCGGCCGCGGCCGCGGCCCGCGAACGGCGGCGGGAGCAGCUGCGGCAGUGGGGGGCGCGGGCGGGCGCCGAGCCGGGCCCCGGGGAGCGGCGCGCCCGCACCGUGCGCUUCGAGCGCGCCGCCGAGUUCCUGGCGGCCUGCGCGUGUGGCGACCUGGACGAGGCGCGCCUGAUGCUGCGGGCGGCUGACCCCGGCCCCGGCGCCGAGCUCGACCCCGCCGCCCCGCCGCCCGCCCGCGCCGUGCUCGACUCCACCAACGCCGACGGCAUCAGCGCCCUGCACCAGGCCUGCAUCGAUGAGAACCUGGAGGUGGUGCGCUUCCUGGUGGAGCAGGGUGCCACGGUGAACCAGGCAGACAACGAGGGCUGGACGCCCCUGCACGUGGCUGCCUCCUGUGGUUAUCUGGACAUCGCUAGGUACCUCCUGAGCCACGGGGCCAACAUUGCCGCAGUCAACAGCGAUGGGGACCUGCCCCUGGACUUGGCCGAGUCGGAUGCCAUGGAGGGGCUGCUGAAGGCGGAGAUCGCCUACCGAGGUGUGGAUGUGGAGGCGGCCAAACGGGCCGAGGAGGAAUUACUGCUUCAUGACACCAGGUGCUGGCUGAACGGGGGUGCCAUGCCAGAGGCCCGGCACCCCCGAACGGGGGCCUCUGCCCUGCACGUGGCCGCUGCUAAGGGCUACAUCGAAGUGAUGAGACUGCUCCUUCAGGCUGGCUACGACCCGGAGCUCCGGGAUGGGGACGGCUGGACCCCCCUGCAUGCGGCGGCCCACUGGGGUGUGGAGGAUGCCUGCCGCCUGCUGGCUGAGCACGGUGGGGGCAUGGAUUCGCUGACCCACGCGGGGCAGCGUCCCUGUGACCUGGCUGAUGAAGAGGUGCUGAGUCUGUUGGAGGAGCUGGCCCGGAAGCAGGAGGAUCUGCGGAACCAGAAGGAGGCCUCCCAGAGCAGAAGCCAGGAGCCCCAGGUGCCUUCCAGCAGCAAACACCGAAGGAGCUCUGUGUGUCGUCUGAGCAGCCGAGAGAAGAUCUCCCUCCAGGACCUGUCCAAGGAACGCCGGCCUGGGGGUGCAGGGGGGCCGCCAAUACAGGACGAGGAUGAGGGAGAAGAAGGCCUCACCGAGCCACCGCCUCCAGAAUCCAGAACUGUCAAUGGAGUGUCUUCCCCACCACCCCCUAGCCCUCAGGGCCCCAUGCCCCCAGAAGGGGCCCCUUUCUCCAGGCGCUUUGGCCUCCAGAAGACGGGAAGCUCUGGUGCCCUGGGUCCCACAGACGGGCGGGGGGCCGAGGGCACCCCUGGGGCUGGGCUGCAGCGCUCAGCUUCCUCCUCUCGGUUGGAAGGGACCUCUGUUCAGGCCAAGGAGUCCCGUCUUGCCAGAAUUACGCCUACACCCUCCCGUAAGGUGCCGGAGCCCUCUGCCCUGUUUGAGAUCUCCAGGCGCCCUCCCUUGGAGAACUCCACUCCUCCCUCCAGGAUUCCGGAGCCUGAAUCCCCAGUGAAACCCAAUGUCCCUGUAGCCUCUACAGUGCCCCCAGCUGACUCCCGGGACCGGCGGAGGUCCUACCAGAUGCCUGUGCGGGAUGAGGAAUCUGAAUCCCAGCGGAAAGCUCGCUCUCGCCUCAUGCGCCAGUCUCGGAGGUCCACACAGGGUGUGACUCUGACCGACCUGAAGGAAGCAGAGAAGGUAGCAGGGAAGGCCCCAGAGCCAGAGAAGUUGAGCCUACAGAGCCUGGACCCAUCUGGGCGUCCCCGAAUCCCUGGGGUGGAGAACUCUGACGGCCCUGCCCAGAGAGCAGAGGCGCCUGACGGGCAGGGGCAGGGACCACAGGCCGCCAGGGAGCAUCGCAGAGUCGGCAAGGAGUGGAGGGGGCUUGCGGAGGGGGAGGAGGCGGAGCUGGCCGACCGCAGCCCAGAGUCCAGCACUUCGGAGCGCGGCCCCUCACCGCGCCGGCAGCGGGACCCCGCGCCAGCAUCGGACGAACCCGAUGGAGGCUUCAGGAAGCUGUACUCAGAGCUGCGCAGUGAGAAUGAGAGGCUUCGGGAGGCCCUGACCGAGACCACGCUGCGCCUGGCACAGCUCAAGGUGGAGCUAGAGCGUGCUGCGCAGAGGCAGGAGCGCUUUGCAGAGAGACCAGCCCUUCUGGAGCUGGAGAGAUUCGAGCGCAGGGCCCUGGAGCGAAAGGCCGCCGAGCUCGAGGAGGAGCUAAAGGCCCUAUCCGACCUCCGGGCUGACAACCAGAGGCUCAAGGAUGAGAACGCAGCCCUGAUCCGUGUCAUCAGCAAACUCUCUAAGUGACUCUGGAGGACGACCUUCCCCCACACCCGUAUUUAUACAACUGCUUCUGCCACACGCAUCCCUCCCCCUGUGUGAGCACGAGUGAUAGGGCUCCCAGGGGCUCUCGGAGAAGCCAUAGCCUCCCUUCGGGGCCUCCAGACUGUGAGGGGAGUACAGAGUCCCCAGGAGCCAAGGGGGGGGCCCCCCGAGGCCGGGAUGGAGGCGAGAGGCCGAGCCAGGUAGGGAGACGUUGCUGAGGGGGGCUCGGGGCUAGAGGUGGGACCAGGGAGGAACCGAGGAGCAGGAAGUGCCAGGACCACAGUGGCCACCGGAGGUCCCCCUCACGUGUGAUGCCACCCCUCUCACCCCUCCCGUUCCUGAACAGGGAUCCGAGAAUGUGCCAAGAGUCCCGCCCGCCUCGGCCAGGUGGGCCUGUAUAUAGGGUCCGUGUGCAAUAGGGAGGGAUGUCUCUAUUUUUUGCUGCCCCCUCCCCGCCCACUGUCAGGGGCAGGGGGAGAAGAUAUUUUCGAGACAAAGCACAGGCACCACAAAUAAAAGUCGUGAAGUUGC